CCCUGGGCCACCAAAGCCGAACGUGUGCACUUAACUGCUGCGCCACCAGGCCAGCCCCUACAAUAGUUUCUAAUAAGAGGCUACAUAGACAAUGGCGAGUCUGCCAUCGAGGAGACAUAUUGCUAAGAUAUCCCCAGUCAGAUUCUAUCAUUAGAAUUAUGUGCAAAGUAUUUUAUUGGAAAAUAUAUUUCAUAUUCUUUCUAUAUUUGAGAGACUUUUAUGGCAUAACUUUCCUUCCUCUCUUCUUGAGAAUCUGACAAUUUGCACAUAGGCACAAUGAAGGAGCUCAUUUGUGGUGUUUCAGUCUGUUUUUCCCCAAAAAAUAUGUCAGGAAUAGAGUGUCCUUUUGACAAGCCAAGUAGAAUUUUACAUCCCAUUCUAAAAGCUUCCAUUUCCUACUAUCCACCAAGUACAGGGUUUGUGAUUUCAAUAGCUUCGGGGAAAUCACCACUGCUGACCAAUAACUGAUGUGAAAUCCCAAGUUUCAUUCAAAAAAACUCAGAGAAGGUCCAAACAAUUACAAGACAAGGCUAGCAUUACAGUUUGCACAUAGGAGUGUCAUCUUUUCUACUUUGGGAAAGAAUUAAACUUCUAUUCAUCAUCUAUGAUGCUCCACACACAAUGCUCUGCAUGGUGCAUGUAGAAGAUGACUUACUCCUUAGAGCAAGCCUGCAACUCUGCACAUUGGAAUAACUCUCUGAGCUCAGAAAGAUUAAAUAAUUUGCCACAGAAAAAAAAAAAACACAGAGAAGUGGAAUCUAAACCUGAUGCCAUAGCCCAUAGUGUUUCUCUCACUAAUACGAAUAGCUAGUAUUUAUGGAGCACCGACAGUGUGCCCAGGCCCCGUUCCCAGUGCUUCACAUACACUGACUUAGGUAGUAGAUUAUGACCAGCUGCUGCUACUGUCAGCUCCAUUUUGCAGAUGUGGAAAGAGACGCACAAAGAAGUUAAGUUCACACAGCCUGUAAAGGGUGGAGCUGAGAUUGGAACCCAGGCAAUCCAGCUGCACAGCAUGUCUGACUGCCUCCAGUGGAGUUUUGAUUCUGUAGAUAGCACAGGGCCCUUCUUGGGGAGUGCUCUCAUUAGUAAGUCCAUAUGUCUCAACUGUGUCUGUGAGAGCAGCCAUGAUUCCAUCACAAGUUCAAAGUAAAAUCAAGUUAAAAUUGCAUAGCUCCCCUUUACAUUGCAUGCAUGGAGAACGAAAUGACAGUCUUGGUAGCCAGCAUUCUCAAAUCCUUAUUUCACCCUAAAAUAGCUCUUUUUCCUUACAUCUCCUAAAGAUUCAAGAUAUCAAGGUAUGCUAAGGAUGUUAUGAGCAAGGGAAAUCUCUUUUCAUUUCUAUGUGCAGGGUGUGUGGGCGUGUGCGUGUGUUUGGGGAGGGGGACGGGUCAGUAUUAAAGAAGAUUAUUAACUCUCUUCUAAGAAUGUUCUUUUUCUUACCUCUCCUUUCAAGCAUAAGCAUAUGCAGUCUCUCUCUGCUAGGAGAUCUUUAAGAGACUGCAUUCCUCUAGUAUUCUUUUCUCCUUGCUUGCUCCAUUACAAGUCUCCCAAUUUCAAAUCACUACAGUGCAACUGGCUUAGAUAACGUACUGUCAUCCAUACUUCAUAGAUCAUGUCCAGGGGACUCGCCUUACUGUAAGUGUCAUUUCCAUUGCAGUGAGCUGGCCAUGGGCCAUGACCUACGGGGGUCCCCGUGGCCAUUUAUUGUAAACUACAGCUUGUGGGUGAUGCUAAUGAAGUUCUUCAAGAAGCCACAUUUGCAUGACUUCACAUUUGCUGUGUCUCCUUUAACACCGCUAAUAAAAGACUGGCAAACGUGUUCUCUACUAUUAAUUUGUUCCCCUAUUUUCUUCAUCCCUUUCUGUUCAGGGGAAACCACUCCCAUUCAUCCCACUACAACAUAUCCCUUCAUGACCACCAAAAACCAAACACCUCCCCCCAAAAAAUCGCAAAAACCUAAUGUGGUAAUUUCCUCCAAAUUUGGAACUUUAUAUGCAAACUGUUUAUAUGACAUUCACAAAACUGGGAAGGAACUGCUAAAGCACGGUGCUUCUAGAAAGAUGAAGCCAAUUUCAGAAUCCAAUUUUCAAAAGGAAAUGCCAUGUUUGUUUCAUGUCAGCCUCUGCUUCAGAUCAGAAAAAAGCCGAACAAAGCAAAACCGUUGGUCUGGCUGGUUAUUUCCAAGCAAAGCAGAGGGCAGAUGGAAAGCCACUCAGUUGGCCGUAGCGCCUUGUCUUGUCUACCUCCAGUUGCUCUGGAAGCAGCUGAACAAAGCUUAACCCCUGUGAAUGAGAAUUCACUCACUCACACACACACACACACACACACACACACACACACACACCCCCCCAAAUGUUUAUUUAAAUAACAUUAUUAAAAAUAUAUAGUCUCGGCUGUCACAUGGACAGGUGGUCUGACUGCUUUCACGGUUCUGAAACACUAGGCUGGCUGCCCAGUUUGUUGAGGGCCCUGCCUCCCAACCGUCCUGUAGUGACAACACAGCACACAGCCUUGGUUUUGCACGUAACCCUCAAGCCCAAAAUCGUCUUCUAUUAAGGUGGAAGGAUUUCUGGACACGAGCUUGUGGUAUUUUCUAGGUUUUGAAUCACCCUUGGGAGUCUGAAUAUAUAUAUAAGAAAAAAUCACCUCUGCUAGUACAUCUGUUUUCACUUACAUUUACAAAUGGACAUUAUAGUUUGUACCUACCUACAUACAAGUGGGAUUAAUAAAUAAAUAAAAACAUGCAGACACACAUACGUACAUAGACACCAAACAGAGAGCUAGAUACACUGCAGAUAUCACAUAUGAAAUACGUCAAUGAUUCAUAGAGAUUCUGAUAAAAAUUUGUAUAGGAAAAAAAUGUAAGCUAUUUUUAAAUGAGUAUUUUCCCCUGUAUUCAGCCUUCUCACCAAAGACCAUUUUUCUCAUUGCUCCCUGCUGGAAACAAUUUGAGUGUUGCCUCUGCUGGUCUCUACCAGAUGCAAAAAGAAUACAAGCACCAAGCAGUCACAUCAAUGUUUGUUCACCUCUGCAGGCUGUAUGUGUUUAACUUCCACUAAUUCCCCUGCCAACUGCUGCAUAUGCAGCUCGUAAUUACAGGAAUGCUCAGGGCAUGUGGGGAAAACAAGGCUCGGUGAGCUUGGUGACUGUAGGGUCACAUCUUAUCAUUCCUGUACACAAUAUAUCCCAUAACUGUUGUCUGUAGCACAAGUGGGCACUGGCUGUAUCCAAUCUAUUUCUACGCUGUAUUGUCAUUGGUCAAAAAUGGCCUUGUUCUCCCAUUCCCUCCAUUUUCCAACUGAAAAGGGAAAGGAACUGAUAAGCCUGAGCUCAAUUUGUUCUGGCAAUUAUUGCAAAGUUCCUACUGUGAGGGAGGCCCUGCCCGUUGGUGCGGAAUGACACGCAGCCAUCCAGAGUCCAGACAAAAGGAGACCCCGCUUUUCUCCAAGUGUAUUCAGCCAUGUAUAGACAUAUUGGCCGAGAUGCCUGCCCAUUCACAUCUUAAUGGGAAAAAGAGAGAGAUAGAACCUGAAAAAAAGAAAAAAAACAGGAGAAUGAAAGAUUAUCAAGUGACACCAGACAACAAAACGUGAACUUGGUGAAGAGGAAGAAAGGGAACUAUUUUGACCACAGGACAGUAAAUCACUGAUAUAAUGUGGAUAUAUAUGUUUUAGUACUCUCCAGCUAAAUUAAGCUUUUAUUACAAAUAAAGCUUACUAUAAUGAUGCUGAAAUGUGAAAUUGAAGAAAGUUAUGCUUGGAGGUUGGAUUAAAUAAGCCUCUCCUAUCUUCUCUCUGUCUCUGCCUCUCUCUUUCCUUCACUAGGGUACAGCUGCACAUUAAUUCAACCAAACGAAACUGUUAGGAUGAAAUGCCACUGAGAUGCAUUCUGAAGUGUAAUUCCUCUGAAACAAGUAUGUAACUUUAUUUAAAAAAACCAAAGUACCAGUCAAAAGGUGAAAAAAUAUAUUACAUUAUAAUGAAAAAGAGGUCAUUUAAGAAAAGGCUGAAAUAGCACUUCUUUUUGAAAUGGCAUAUGGAAGCUUUUAUAGCACUGGAAAAAAAGGUAACUUUUUCUGAAUAUUUGUCCUUAUUCUCUGCUCAUGAACAAAAGGAAAACGUUUGAAGAUAAGGUCGCUUUAAAUUCUAGGCCAUGGCACAUGUUCUUCUCUGGGGCUAAAUGCCCUCAUCUUUCCCCCUUUCAACCAUAUCUACUCAUAAUUGUUCUACUCACCCAACACUCCUGUCUACUAGGAAAACAGUUGACAAGAAGUAAUGUCAGAGUUACAUCUAUGACAUACCAGAAAUCAUUUAUCCCAGUAAAAUUCACUUAUUUCAAAGGAUAAGUAAUGAAAUGAACAGGGGAAAAUUAAGCUAAUUUUAAAGUCUUUUAUUAGUUGCUUUUCUUUAGUCAUAAUGGAAAUAGAGGGAAAAAUUACAGAUUCAAUAACAACAUGCAUUUUUUCCAUUAUGGAGAAUGGCUAAUUCAAUGGAUGAAUCAUUAGAGAAUGAUCCCUCUGGCCUUAUGGAACUCCAGACAUAGAAACAAAAAGGAAGUUUAAGAUAUAAAACAUACUAUAAAAUCAUUGGGAAAAGUGAACUACAAUCCCCAGUGAAAUUACCUCUUAUGGCAAUUAAGAGCCCGUUUGUUGGAGCAUUAACAGCCUCAGGCAAACUCAACAAACCCAUUGCCAGCUGCCAGUAAUGACAGAUUUCUUAGGGAGUAUUAUUUAAUUAACAAUAAUGUGAAAGAGCAGCUCAGCUGAGAUACUACAUUUACUUACUGGAAACUGAGAUGCUGCAUUUACUUACUAAGCAGCGGUAAGUGGAAAAGACAUGCAAUUUGUUAGCCUUCCCAUUAUGUAUCUUUCGUUUCUGAAAUACAUAGUAGUUGAUAGGUAUUUGCCACUAGAUAUUCUCAGCUGUCUGUGAGGCCAACAUGUCCAAAGAACUUUAGCUCUUACUGUACAAGGCUGCUAACAGUCCUUUGCCGUUUGAUUCUGUUAAGAAAUCCCCCAGGGCCUCAAAUGUUCAGGGACAGCAUUCUUUGUCCUUCCCCCCUCUAGACAAGGGCAACUGCCAGCCCGCCUUCCUUGUAUACGCCAGGCUCCCUCCCACCCCCAUACAUCAUUUGCCGCUAAUCACCUAACAUAAGUGAUGCCUUUUGUUCUCACUUGCUUCCCAAGUAGCUUUAGGUUGCAUCAGCAACUUGGUGGCUGGCUGGAUCUUAUCUCCCCCAAGAGAUGUGUUCUCACCCAUGGCACUAGCAGAGGGGGAAGGAAAGCUUUAACUGGGUGCAGCAUUCUCCCCUCAAAGUUACGGGACUAAAGUCCCUACAUCCAACAGCCUCCUUUAGAGCUGAUUAUAAUUUAAGGACCAAUUUCAAACUGGCAAAGGGAGGACCACUUUAAGUUGUUCUGACAUACAGUGGGAGCUGGCAGCAUGAAGUGAACUCCGCAACUAAAGUGACAAGCUCAGGAAAAUGCAAAAAUAGUGCACUCCGUGGAAGAAGGAGAAAAGUAAGUUAUAAAACUUUUUAUGUCGUCUGUUAUUUCUAUGACAUACCUUCACAAAAUUUGGUUUAAAAUUGGUCAGUGACAUAGAAAGACUGUCUUGGGAAAGGAAUGUGUUGAUUUAGUUCCUGCUGGAGCCAAACAAAGCCAUCUAAAAUAGUAAUUUUAAAUUAUUAUUUGGUGGCUGUUAAUUGUAGUCACCAGUGUCCACUAAAAUUCCUGCCAACAGAAAAUCUUUAUCUUGACUUGAUUUGUGAUAAGCCUAGAAAUGAACAGUCGGUGUGGAACAUGGUUAUUAAGCAAAACAAAUUUCUGUUCAUGGCUUCUGAAAGGACAAAUCUGAAAUCCCAACUAGUUAGCUCAUGCUUGUAUUUGGGAGUAGAUUAGGAUGGGGUGUACAUACAGCACUGGCAUUCACUGUGGAUUAAGACUGACUGCAGGAGCUAAAGAUUUUUCUCUUUGAUUCUUUAGAGUCCAAAGUAGCUUUCACUCAAAUAAUAUCAAAGGCAUCUUAUUAAACACGUCUCCUAGCAGGGUUUCAUCGUAGGGCAGGCUUUAUUAUGUACAGUAUAAUCAGAUUGAUAUAAUAUGGCAUCAGCCAGUGAAUGUCUUGUUUUGGAACAACUUGUGGAAAUAGAUUUUUAUCCCUUUCUUUAAUCCUAAUUUGAUGCUAUUAACCAAUUCCAUUAUUUAAAUUGGCUAUUAAGAUUGGAAUCAGUUUGAUUUAUCAGAAUGUAUUUCCCAUUAAUAAGGCUUUCUUUGUAGCCUCUCUCUUUAAACUACAUUUACUGUUAGUACUUUGAAGAGAAACAUUUACAAAAUCUUUUUCCUUAAUAUGGAUUAGAGUAUGUGGAUUGGGUCCUGUUAUACUAUGCUUAGCCUUACAGUACAAGAAUAAAAACUUGUAGAGUUUAUAUGGAUUUCUUUUAACCAUUCUUUACUGUAGAGGAAAGAUGAAAGGGAUUAUAGGAGAAAGAAAUAAUAAAUUUUGCAAAUGACAUAUAACAGCAUUUUCCACUCCAAAGAAACCCAACUCCUUUACCAAGAUAGAAAAGAAAUAUACAUGAAUUUUAACUGCUAAUGCAGUUUCCACUGGUAACAUUUGAACAUCUUUGUGGCACUGCUAUAUGGUAUUUAAAUAUCAGAAAGGGGAAAAGUGCUGGCAUAAAAGCAGAGGAGGAAUACAGUUUUUCCAGACAGCAGAGCUAACAAUCCUAUCUUGCCACAAGUGUUACCUGAGGUCAAUCAGCAGGUCAUUAAAAGAAUGUGUUUUGUUUGUUUGUUUGUUUUACCGAUACCUUACAGCAAGUAAAAGUAGAGAUGGCUAGAAUUAAGCAUCAUUAUCAACUGAUGCACUUUGGAGGGAUCACUAAUUCUUUUCACUGUGUGCUUGUAAAGUCAUAUUCCCUAGGCAAAAAUGAGUGAAAUGUUGUAAAUGCUUACUGUGAUGAAAAGUAAGCUUUUGAAAAUAUCGUUGUUUUAUAGGAUUUGUAAAAGACCUUACGGCCUUUUGGUUCCAUCCCCCAUCUUUGGCAGAUCUACACUUAAGUCAGUGGGACACUUCCUCCCCUGCAGUCUGCUGCCCAUCCUUCUCCCCCUGCCCAAGAAAGGGCAAGAGAUUUCUUAAUCUCCAUAAGCAACCUGUUCCAGUUUAUAAGCUUCACUGUCAGGAAAUCUGUCUUUCUUUAAAUCUCUUCUGCUACUGAUUAUGGCUAUGUUCCUUGCUCCUGAUUCCUAGGAGAUGUCCAUCCUUGGUGAAAACGAAUUUAAAAAAUUUGGAUGUCUUCAUUAAACUACACCUUGACUUUUUCUCCACUAGCCUUUAAGAUUCCUUUUCUUUGGACACUGUAGGUUUCAUCUUUAGGCCCAUGUGGACUCCUCUGUACCUGCUCCAAGUUCCAUCCUCAACUCCAACCCCCUUGGGGUUGUAGCUCUCAGAAACUGACAAAGAAUCCCAGUCUUGCCUGGUGGUUCCUCAGGACCCUACUCUGUAACUAUUACCAUACAGGUGCCAUGAUUCUCUUUGAAAUUAAACGCUGUAUUGCUGAAUCAUUGUUCAAUUUCUAUUUAAUUUAAUUCUAUUCCAAGUUCUAUUAAAUUCCUGCUUGGUGCCAACACUGUGCUAAUUCUGAAGAUACAGAGUUGAGAGUCACCGCCCUCAGAGAAUUCACAGGCUAGUGGGGAAAGCAGACCAUGUGGGCUGUGCUGGCGGAAUGGACAGAGUGGCAUGAGGGCACAGAAGAUAGGCCUGGUGAUCAAUAAAUGCUUCCUGGAAGAGAGAUUGCCAAGCAAAGGGCCUAGAAAAGGUAUUCGUGAUUGAACAAAAGAAUGAAGGUGUUAAAAUAUAGGGUCUUUAGUUUAUUUAGAUGAACCAAAAAAUGUGAGGGGAGAAGGGACAGGAGAUGGCGCUAGAAUGAAAGGUAGGAGCCAGAUCAUGUAGGUCCUUAAGUGCCUUGUCAAGGAAUUUAGGUUUUAUCAGCUAAGAAAUGAGAAGCCAUUAGAGAACUUUUAGCAGGUGAGUGACCUGAUAAGAUCCCUCUGGCUGAUAACAGAUUAGAACAGGGACACCAGUUAGGUUGCAGCAGGGGUGAAGGUAUGAAGUUUAUGGGGGCGGGGGGGGAGGAAUCUUCUGGAUUUCUACUCGGAUGGCUAGAAGAGCCAUUCAUUGCCCGGCUAAAGUAAGAGAGACCCAACAAAGAAAAAAUUAGAAGUCAAACUGGGAGGAAAUGAUAUCCACUAUGACCCACCAAUCUUAUUUGUUCACUGAGUUCUCAUCUCCAGAUGUUACUAGAUUUUAUUUUAUUCAUUAUUGCUCUGUUCAUAUUUUAAAGCUUCUCCAAAGAGCCUUGUGUCUAAAGCCAAGCCAUGUCCUUUACCACCAUCACUUCAAUUUGUUCCACUUUGGAAAAAUCCAAAUGCUUAGUAAUCAUGACUUUAGAUAUCCUUAAAAUUAUGAAUGAAUAUUAAACACUUGACACAAAACUUACUCCUAUAAAAUACCACUUGUCAUUGCACUAAAGUUGAAAGUGAUCCAUUGAUGAUAAUUCUCUAGUCACUCAGUACUGAACAGUCAGAGCCAUAUUUCUUAAUUUGUUAUGGCUGAGUAGGCAUAAUCAAAAGCUUUAUAUGUACAGCUUACACAGAACUCCUUCCCUUAGAUACACCCGUCUCCGUCACAACAUAAAUAGAAAUUGGCCAUUCAGACAGAACUUCUUCUAUAUGUUUUUUAAAACCAAAGAAUAGCUAUUUCCAUGACCUUCUAAACACAAAAACUUGCCUUUCUAUUCUGAGAUUACAAAAGUUCUUCCCCACUGAACUCAGUGGCCCUGGAUGGCUUGGUUGAUAUUCCAGGCGUGGCAAAGUGUAUUUUCUAAAGAUGGUAACAGUAAUAUCUCUCAUCCCCCAGGCUCUUCUGGAGCCUUGCCACUCCCCUGUCAAGAGGUGGAGUCUAAUUCUCUUCCCCUUGUGAGUGCAGAUUUUUGAGUGGCUCAUAAUCAACAGAAUGCAGCAGAAGUGAAGCUGAGAGGAGUCUGAGGCUAGGUCAUAAAAGAUCAUGCAGCUUCUACUUUGAGAAUAGGAGCGCUCACAUUUACCCUGACCAUGUACACAUUCCAACUGCCCUCCUGGAAGCCACCAUGCUGUGAGGAAGCCCAAAUUAGUCUGCAUGGAAAUCACACAUAAAGGUACUAAAUGAGACUGUGUGAAGAGACAGAGAUGUCCCAGCCUCCAGCUGCACCAGACCUCUGCUGUCUCAGCCUAGCCACCAUCUGACUGCAGAUGCCUGAGAAAGCCCACACCAGAACCACUCAGCCAAGACACAUCCAAAUUCCUGACCCACAGAAACCAUAAAAACUAAUAAAAUGAUUGCUGUUUUAAGCUACUACAUUUUGAGGUGAUUUAUUUCAUGUCAAUAGCUAGCCAGAAAACAGGAAUUAGUGCCAAAAUGAUUCAGUAGGAAAUCAAAUGAUGGAGGAUCAGUGGAUCAGAUCCCCCUUUCCUCACUGCAUGAGACAUCUGUGCCUCUUGAUCUAGGCCUCAGGCUAUUUGGUGACCUUGAUGCCAGGAAGCCUCGAUUGGAUUGAUGAGCCUGAAAUGACUGAGAAGAUCCUGAAUUCAGAACAGUUCUCACUCCCCAUGAAUGCCAGUCACUUCUGGGACCCAUGAUGGCUCCACUUUGCUUAGAAAGACCUAGUUUGGGACCAAGUUGUCUUGGGCCAUUUGGGAAUUUCUUUUUUUUUUAUAUCCCUUGUUUACAUGGUGGAACUCCCCAAAAGAAAAAUACUAACAUAAGUAUAUAUUCAAUGAUCCAAUCAGAGACUAAUAAAAACAUUUUAAAAGGAAAUGUAAAUAUAGUCAUAUGGUGAGGACUGGACUAAUAAAGAGGAUCUAGGUGCAAGAAAGAGGGGAUUGUCAAAGGAACAGGUGCGAGUCGACCUGGAAAAGAAUUAGAGAAAAAGAUCUUCUCACAUCAGCCCCCUUCCCCGAAUUAAGGAGGUAAGAAGCUAAACCACCAGAGAUAACUUCAUGGUCACAUGCCUUUAACUAAACAAUAAAAAAUAUCACAUAAUUUUAAGUCACUGUAAUUUUUCACAUCCCAAUUCCCUCGUUUCCAAGCAUCUCUACAAAGGAUUUUUCAACUUUAUGUUAGAAUAAGUGAUGCCAAGGUCUAGAGUACAUCUGAUAUGUAACAGUUUAUUAUAUUUGUUGUCCAAGAACAAAAAUAUCAUCUGUAAAAACUCACUGUUUUCUUGACUUUUGUUGCCUUUAUACUGAUUAUCCAUGCCUCUUAAUACAUUGCUGGUAAGAACAGAUAUUAAAAUCAGCAUUAAAAAUAUUAAUUAACUCAAAUUAAAAGCCUGAAAAGCAGAAAGGAUAAUAUCAAACUGUUAAAUACUUUUUACAGCUUAAAAAUACAUCAGCACUCAGGUAAUAUUUACUAAGCACCUAUCAUGUGCCAAAUUCUGCACUAGUUAUCAAGGAUAUGUGGAGAAAAGACAGGAGCUAUGUCUUCAGGGAGCUUACAAUAUGGAGAAGGGAGAGACACGUAUACAAUCCUGAAUAAUGAAGAGCCAUGACAGGAAACGCACACAGUGCUUUGAGAAGAUAGAUGAAAAGGGAAACACAAAGAAGUAAAAAUAAUUUUUUUAACAGAACUUAAUCUAUAAUAUUAGGUCAUGAUAAUCUGUGAUAAACCUUUAAAGAAGAUUGUUAUCAUCAUAUUUGAGACUCAAAAAGAUUAAGCAAAUGCCAAGUGUUACACAUUGAGUGGCAGAGCUGGAAAUGGUCUUAAACCAAGAUGUCCUGAUUCCAAAUUAUGUGCCAUUCUCCAAAACAGAGAUUUUUUUUUUGAAAGCAUGUAUUGGAAGACAAGUUUCUCUUUUCCUUUAACAGAAGAAAUAAUAAAUAUCAAUGAGAUUUUUGUUUUGUCUUUCCUUUUUCUUGAACAGAUUAUCCAGUUGCCUUCUUAUAUUCCUUACACAUUAGAAGAAAGAAAGAUAAAAUACCCACGACUCCAAUAAGAGAGUGGGGAUUCUGUAAAAGGAAUAAUACCUGAGAACUCAAAACAGGUCAAAAGCUCCCUGCCUGAGUUGAAGUUCCAGAUCAGUUUCACCAAGUCAGCCCCAGGAAGUCAACUUCAAGCAGAUUGACUUGAAUUGGGAUCUCAUUUGGGAAGCAUUAAGUGCCCAACACACUGCGUUGUAUUUUUUCAUUUGGAAAACACUCAAGUUCCAGUGGCUUUAUCAUCCUGUACUUUACUUCCUGAAAAACUGGCAAUCCCAUGUGGACUUCUGGUAGAAUGAGCAAUGCAAAGAGCUGGCUUGGACUUGGCAUGUCCUUGUACUUCUGGGGAUUGAUGGACCUUACAACCACCGUUCUCUCGGGUACACCAACACCGCCAGGUGAAUUAGAAGCGCUCCUGUCAGACAAGCCACAGUCACACUUGCGGACAAAGAGGAGCUGGGUUUGGAACCAGUUUUUUGUUCUGGAAGAGUACACUGGAACCGACCCUUUGUAUGUGGGCAAGCUCCAUUCAGACAUGGACAGGGGAGAUGGAUCCAUCAAAUACAUCCUCUCAGGAGAAGGCGCAGGUGUUGUGUUUACCAUCGAUGACACCACUGGAGACAUCCAUGCCAUCCAGAGGCUCGACAGAGAGGAAAGAGCCCAGUAUACUUUAAGGGCUCAAGCCCUAGACAGGCGGACAGGCAGGCCGAUGGAGCCAGAGUCAGAGUUCAUCAUCAAGAUCCAAGACAUCAAUGACAAUGAGCCCAAGUUCCUAGAUGGACCUUAUGUCGCCACUGUGCCAGAAAUGUCACCAGUGGGGACCUCUGUUAUCCAGGUGACAGCCACAGAUGCUGAUGAUCCAACCUACGGCAACAGUGCCCGGGUCGUGUACAGCAUUCUCCAGGGCCAACCAUAUUUUUCUGUGGACUCCAAAACAGGUGUAAUUAGGACAGCACUCAUGAACAUGGACCGAGAAGCCAAAGAAUACUACGAAGUGAUUAUCCAAGCCAAGGACAUGGGAGGGCAGCUUGGAGGCUUAGCUGGGACCACAACAGUCAACAUCACCCUCUCAGAUGUCAAUGAUAACCCACCCCGCUUUCCCCAGAAACACUAUCAGAUGAGUGUGUUAGAAUCGGCUCCCGUUAGCUCCACUGUGGGGAGAGUGUUUGCCAAGGACUUGGAUGAAGGAAUUAAUGCAGAGAUGAAGUACACUAUUGUGGACGGAGAUGGCGCAGAUGCCUUUGACAUUAACACAGAUCCCAAUUUCCAAGUCGGCAUCAUAACUGUGAAGAAGCCCCUGAGUUUUGAAAGCAAGAAAAGCUACACCUUAAAAGUGGAGGGAGCCAAUCCUCACCUGGAGAUGCGUUUUCUGAAUCUGGGCCCAUUUCAGGACAUAACGACAGUGCACAUCAGUGUGGAAGAUGUGGAUGAGCCCCCUGUAUUUGAACCCGGCUUUUAUUUUGUGGAGGUUCCUGAGGAUGUGGCAAUUGGAACGACCAUACAGAUCAUUUCUGCCAAGGACCCGGAUGUGACCAACAACUCAAUCAGAUAUUCCAUUGACAGAAGCAGUGACCCUGGAAGAUUCUUCUAUGUUGACAUUACAACAGGUGCCCUAAUGACCGCAAGACCCCUUGACCGGGAAGAGUUUGCCUGGCAUAAUAUCACUGUCCUUGCUAUGGAAAUGAACAAUCCUUCCCAAGUUGGAAGUGUUUCUGUCACAAUCAAAGUCUUGGAUGUGAAUGACAAUGCUCCUGAGUUCCCCCGAUUCUACGAAGCAUUUGUCUGUGAAAAUGCCAAAGCAGGGCAGCUGAUCCAGACAGUGAGUGCAGUGGACCAAGAUGACCCACACAAUGGUCAGCACUUCCACUAUAGCUUGGCUCCCGAGGCUGCUAACAACCCCAACUUCACCGUAAGGGACAACCAAGAUAACACUGCCCGGAUUCUAACCCGGAGGUCCGGCUUCCGGCAGCAGGAGCAGAGUGUCUUUUACCUGCCCAUCCUGAUAGCAGACAAUGGGCAGCCAGUGCUGAGCAGCACAGGCACGCUGACUAUCCAGGUGUGCAGCUGUGACGACGAUGGCCAUGUCCUGUCCUGCAGCCCUGAGGCCUACAUGCUCCCAGUCAGUUUGAGCCGGGGCGCCCUCAUCGCCAUCUUGGCCUGCAUCUUUGUCCUCUUAGUGCUGGUGCUGCUCAUUCUGUCUAUGAGGAGACACCAGAAACAGCCCUACAUCAUCGACGACGAGGAGAACAUCCACGAGAACAUCGUCCGCUACGAUGACGAGGGCGGCGGCGAGGAGGACACCGAGGCCUUUGACAUCGCGGCCAUGUGGAACCCCCGGGAGGCGCAGGCGGGAGGCGCCCCCAAGUCGCGGCAGGACAUGCUGCCCGAGAUUGAGAGCCUCUCCCGCUACGUGCCUCAGACGUGCGCCGUGAACAGCACCGUCCACAGCUACGUGCUGGCCAAGCUCUACGAGGCCGACAUGGACCUGUGGGCCCCGCCCUUCGACUCCCUCCAGACCUACAUGUUCGAGGGGGACGGCUCCGUGGCCGGCUCGCUCAGCUCCCUGCAGUCGGCCACAUCAGACUCGGAGCAGAGCUUCGACUUCCUGACGGACUGGGGGCCCCGUUUCCGGAAGCUGGCGGAGCUCUACGGGGCAUCGGAGGGGCCGGCGCCCCUGUGGUGACGGAAGCCGGGAGGCAGGCGCGUGGCCAAACCCAGACGUUCCUAGCGGAUGCUUCGCGGACGAGGUGCAGUCAAUCCCACGAGCAAUACUGUGCUGGAGAGUGAGAAUGGGGGUGAGCGGGCGAACAGAGCUCUCUCUGGAUCAGCUUUACUUGGUUAGAUUAAGUUAAGUAAUCAAAAGGAAACACAGGAAGAGGCGGGGGGGAAUCUCCAAUGACUUUUUUUUUAAUUUUCUUUUUAAUUUUUGUGACCCUAUUCAAAGGCUUGGAGUCCAAGGUUAAUAUGGCAAGCUUGGCUGUUCUUUACCAUUCACCAAGGCCUUUGCCACUUUUCCACCACAAAGAGGCUCUGAUCCUAAAUACAGAGGUGACAAUUGAACGCAGAUAGGAAGUUCUACUCUCGUAUCCUUUUUUGUUUUUAAUCUUAUUUUAUUCUCCAUUUAAGAGUUUUGCUAGCUCAUCAAACUGCACAAGCCAGCCCACACAAAAGAACACUGAAAAAUUAUUCCUCGGUGAAAUUAACCUACUUGUUCUAGGAUGGAUGAAAUUUCUUUUAACCCUUUUGAGACAAGGUUAAGGCGACUCGGCCUUGCAUGGGGGGUGGGUGGGGGGUGGGAGAAGGAAGAGGCAUUGACUUUGUGCUCGAGUUUAAUGGCUGAACCAAGAGUCGUUGGCUUUACAACGAAUCCAACUCCAUCAAGUUAGAGGGCUCUUGUUCUCUCAGCUCUUUUACUGUGCCCCUGAAAAAUUGUUCAGAAGGAAACCAGAAAAUCUGCCUCUUUUGCACUGUAGAUGUCUCUUCCGUGUGCCAAAUGUGAAGAUUAGAUACUACAAAUGAAAGCCAAAUAAAAAGAAGUGUCUGAUAAAAGCAUGGGUUAGAGGGCUUUCCUAAUCUGUGUGAGGUCAAUCCAAGGGAUGUUUACAUACUGUAGAUAACCUACUUGAACAAGAAUCAGCAUUAUAGAGAAUAAAUGGAUGUAAGAAAAUUACAUGUAUAAGUUUUGUAUAUUUGUUAAUAAUUUUGGUAAUAAAUAUGAUGUACUGCAUCUCAGUACCUUAGCACUUCUUUUAAUAAAAAUUAAAUAGAAGGGAA